AUGGCAACCCGCAAAUCUCCCCAAGACCAAUACAGACCGCCCUGCCAUGGAAUCUUCCGCGUCCUGCCAGCUUCGUGGAUUCCUUAUGCUGAGCUGAUGCGUCUAGAUCGGCCGGCGGGAUACUACGCCUUUUACUGGCACUACGGAAUCGGCCUCAGCUUCGGCGCCAGUGUGUGUAGGCCCCUGGCGGCUCCCGCCACCCUGGUCAUGUUGGCCGUCUACCUGGCGCUCUGGGUGGUGAUCCUGCGCGGCGCUGUCUGCACCGUGAACGACAACCUCGACCAGGAUUUCGAUCGCCAGGUCGCCCGGACGCGCUUCCGCCCGAUUGCCCGCGGUGCUGUCUCUACCGGCCAGGGUUAUCUCUUCGCCUUGGCUCAGUUCGCCCUCGGUGCCGCCAUUCUCGUCCCACUGCCUCCCAAGGCUGCCAUCCAUGCCGCUACUACUGCGGCCAUCCUGGCCGUCUACCCUCUGGCGAAGCGAGUGACCGAUUUUCCCCAGGUGAUCCUAGGUCUCGGGUUUGCCGUCGCCGUCUUUGUCUCGUGCGCGGCUCUCAAUGUCGAUCCCCUGGAUGAUGGGCAUCGGCCGGCCACGCUAAGCUUGUUCGGCGCGUGUGCCAUCUGGACCAUCAUCUUCGAUACCAUCUACGCGCACCAGGACCGCCGAGAUGACGUCCGGGCGGGGGUCCGCUCGCUGGCUGUCCUUCUUGGAUCGUGGAGGAUGAUUGUAAACCGGGCUGAAUCCGCCCCUUCAGGCGGCCAUUCAGAAAUGCGCUGGUGUUACAAUGAUUGUUCCGAUAUACUCCGACCACCCCCAGGAGGGGAUCAAGACCUGGGCCCCGCCGUGAUGGCCGUCCUAUGGACCGAAACGGCCAUUGCCAUACUCGCUGUUGCCGCACGAUUCGCCGGGCGUUGGCUCGUCCACCGGACGGGUUGGGAUGACUGGCUGAUGCUGCUGACGCUGGUUCUCCUAAUCGCAUGUUCCGCCCUCGCCACGGUCCAGAACAGCGUCGGGGGUUACCGACAUGUUUUCUACCUGGACGAAACGGCUGUAGUGAAAGCGCUCGAGAUAAACUUCAUCCUCCGCGGUGUCAAUAUCGUCUCUUGUGCCACUGGCAAGGCGUCCAUCGGGGCGCUCCAGCUCCGACUGCUGGGGCCGAUGAACUACUGGCAGAAAUGGGUCAUCUGGGCGGUGAUCAUCCUCACGGCCAUCGUCAAUGUUCUUAAUUGUAUCUUCAACUUUGUCCAAUGUUCUCCUGUCGAAGCGAAUUGGACCCCGGGGAUUCCGUCCAAGUGUUGGAGUGGGCAGGUACAGCUGAAUUUUGCGUACUUCAUGUGUGCUGAAAAUAUCGCCGCCGAUGUGAUCCUGGCCCUCAUGCCGACUACGUUCCUGUCCACAUUGAAUUUCAGCAGGCGAAAGAAGAUUCAACUCUCAGUUCUCCUCGGUCUGGGACUGAUGGCUGCCAUCUGCGGGAUUGUCAAGACGACCACGCUGGACUCGAUCAGCAACGACGACUUUACCUGGAGCGAGUACGGCCUCACCGUCUGGAGUAUAUCCGAAGUCCUGGUCAUCAUUGUCUGCGGAAGUGUGCCGACCAUGAAGCCUCUCUGGGAUCGCUUCAUCCGGAAGCGCAAGAACAACACGCAGGUUGGCUCCUACCGGAUGCGCCGGAUGUAUCCUGGGCGAGUGCCAUCGUCGUUGAGCCAGGCUCCCCGGGGACCGUUGGCAGACCGCCACAUAUGGGCGACCAUCGACAUCGACGUGGCGAUUUCAGAACCGUCCAGGAGCCCCUGUUCUGCAGGACGCAGUGCAUCGCUGUGCCACCCCCCGAUGCACGUGACAGCCAGCAGACAAAGAAGGCGCGUGUGGUGGUUACACAAGCGACGCGCCCUCUCUCGCCCCAAGCAGGACUCGGUCGAAGCCGCCCAGCACCAUCUUCUCCCAGCCAUCGUCGAGCAGCUCGCCGCCGAGGAACCAGAUGCCCUGUGGGGGGAGUUUCCCAGAUCGUCCACCUCCCUAAGCGAAGGAUUCGAGUCGAUCUCCUACGCCCAGUUUGCGAACGCCGUCAAUGGCGUCGCCCACCAUAUCACUCAGGCUCUCGGGAGGAGAGACACGGAAGAACCGCUGGCGUACUUGGCUCCCAACGACCCUCGUUGUGCGAUCACCUUGGUGGCGGCCAUGAGAGCAGGAUUCACGAUCUUCCUCAUUUCGGAGCGAAACAGCGUCGCUGCGAAUCUGAAGCUGUUCGACGAUGUCCAAUGCUCAACUUUGGUUACCACCGAUCGGACUUUUGCACCCGUUCGAAACACUUUAAUGGAGCGAGAAGUUACCCUGAUCGAGCUCCCAUCGCUCCAGACGCUGCUGCAUGAGCCCCAGGCGACGUAUCGCUAUGAGAAAGAGUUGGCUGCAGCGGCAAAUGAAGCAGCUUUUAUGAUCCACACGUCCGGGUCCACUGGUUUUCCCAAGCCGGUGUCCAUCUCUCACAAAAUUGUUGCCAAAUUCGCCCGCACCAUCGGUCUUCCAGCUCCUGAAGGCUAUGAGACUCUCAGUUCCAUGAUGGGGAACAAUCGGAAUGUCCUGCUCCUUCCUCUAGGACAUCCAGCAGGAGUCAACUUCGGGAUUCUGAACACCUUCUUCAACAAUACCACAGUGAUACUGCCCCUUCCUGGUAAACCCCCAACGGCAGAAGCCCUGCUGGAGAUCCUCCAGCACACUCAUGCCGACUGGGCCGCUAUGGCACCGCUAACGCUGGAAACCAUCUCCAAAAACACGACCCUUCUGGAAGGCAUUGCACGCCAUCUCAAGAUGCUCCUUUUCUCAGGCGGCAGUCUCCCCAAAGUCUUUGGAGAUGUAAUUGCCGCGAAAAUCAAACUUACUUCACAGCUGGGCUCUUCGGAGACUGGACCCCUCCCAGCCGUAUAUCGACAUGGAUAUGACUUUGAGAGAGAUUGGAACUAUCUGCAGUUCCACCCUGCGGUUGGUGCCAGGUUCGAUCCCCUUCCAGGAGAUGACGUCUUUGAGCUAGUGUUCGACCGAACUCCAGAGAGUGAACCCUAUCAGCCCGUUUUUACCACCUAUCCCCAUCUGAAGGAAUUCCGGACCAAGGACCUGUUCACUCCCCACCCAUCUGUUCCCGGCCUCUGGACCCAUGCAGCCCGAUCAGAUGAUGUGAUCGUGUUCUUGAAUGGGGAAAAGGUCAACCCGGUUACCUUUGAAAGCCACAUUGCAAAGCAUCCCGAAGUUGCAGCAGCGGUCAUGUUUGGCCACCAACGCUUUGAGCCAGGACUGUUAAUCGAACUCCAGGAUGACCAGCAAAAGUCUCUCUCUGCAGCAGAGAGGGCUCAGAUCAUUCAGCGUCUAUGGCCAACGAUUGAAGCAGCCAAUCGUAUUUUGCCUGGCCAUGCACAAGUCUCACAAUCCCAUAUCUGCUUUACAGAUCCUGGCCGUCCGGUCCUGCGCACUCUGAAAGGCUCCCUUCGGCGUCAGGCCACCCUAGACCUUUACGCAGCCAAGAUCAACCAGGUCUAUGCUGAUGUGGAGGCCAUGUGGACGUCCAUUCCGAACAAAGGAGACCUGGGAACGACAGACUCGAUCAGGGGCUUAGUACGGGAGUCCCUUGCUGAAGCUACCCGACUGGGAAAUAAUAUUGAUGACAAUGCGGAUCUUUUCAGCCAGGGGAUUGAUUCUUUACAGACUCUUCGUCUUGUGCGUCAGCUGCGUAUCAAGACGGGUCUCCGUUCUAUCCAACCAAGUCUCGUCUAUCUCCAUCCUUCCAUCACGGCGCUCACUGAAGCUUUGGAUGCUCUGGCACACCAAAUCGAGUCUUCUGAAACGGAGCAGAUGGAAAAACGGAGGAAGAUUCGGGCAGAAACAUUGCAGAAAUAUCUAGAUGUGAUUGCUUCGCGGAAGGAAGACAUCAUUCUGAACAAACCAGGCAACAGCACCACUGAUGAUGUCGAUCAGGUGGUGAUCCUCACGGGCUCAACAGGCUCCAUAGGCUCCUACAUCCUGAACGCACUCCUAUCAGAGCCAAAAGUCAAGCAUCUGGAUCCUAUCCUGCUGACAUCAUUCCCACCAGACCGGGUGACAUUCCUGACCGCGGAUCUCUCAGAGCCUCAGACGCUAGGCCUUCCGACAGAGGUAUAUCAGACUCUGCGCGAGACUGUGACGCUGAUUAUCCACAACGCAUGGCUGGUGGACUUCAAUCUGCCUCUUCAGUCCUUUGAAUCCCAACUCGCCGGUGUCGUUAACCUAGCUGUCUUGGAUGGGCAGUCAACCCGAAGAGCUGCCUUCGUGUUCCUCUCUUCAAUCAGCGCCACCAUGAACUUCGACUUGACCGGUACAGCAAACAACAACAAGGUAGUACCAGAGGCGAUUCUGACUGAUAUUGACACUCCUGCUCCGGUCGGCUACGCGGAGAGCAAGUAUAUUGCCGAGCGACUCCUUGAGGCCGCCAGCACGCAGCUGAACCUACGCCAAAAACCGGUGAUUCUGCGCCUUGGGCAGAUUGCCGGCGCAGCACGGAGUGCUGGGCGCUGGAACCCCACGGACUGGAUUCCGAGACUGAUCCUGGGGUCGCGGCAACUAGGUGUGAUUCCCAACUCCUUGGAGAUAUCAUCCGGGGGUCACGAGCAGAAAAACAACAACGACAUUGAUUGGUUGCCCAUAGACACGUUGGCGGACGUGGUGGUCGAUAUUGGUUUGCAUGCCGCUGCUGGAGAUGAUCUUGCAGAUCCUGAGCAGCCGGUCGUCGUGCUUCAUCCACUCAACCCACACCGUGCAUCUUGGGAGACCCUGGUGCCGUCCAUCAUCGCGUCUCUUCAAAAACAAAAACAACAACAGGAGACACCCCUGACGAUCGAGGUCGUUUCACCCACCGAGUGGCUGAUCAAGUUACGAGCCAGUGCGGCUUCGUUGAUGGAAGAAGGCAGUGAAGAAGCCCGCGAGGCACUCCUCCGCUCCAAUCCAGCGCUCCGUCUGCUCGAGUUCUUCAUGGCGCGAUUUAGCGGGGCCGUUGAAUUAGGAGAAGGAUUGCAGUGGGAAACCAAUCGAGCAGAGAGGAUCAGUGAGAAGUUGAGAGCUGCAGAAGCUAUUGAUGGGCAGGCGAUGAAGCGUUGGGUUGAGCAGUGGUUUGAGCAUUAA